AUGUCUUCCCGACUUUUCGUCUUCAUUCUUAUCUGUUAUGCCACUGCCGAUAAGAUUGAGAAGGAAUCAAGUUCAGAUGAAUUCAGGGUGAGUUUUCCUCCCGAUGACAUCAGCUUCUCUCCUUAUUUCUCCCUUUUUCCCGAAUGAUUUAUAGUGACUGUCCUCCAAAUGACGUCUUCUUCCCAUCAAAAAGUCCGCUAUCAGAGUUCUAACUACUAAUUUCCCACAGCCUCAAAUAUUCAGAUUAGGGCACGGUAAAUGCGUUAAUCAAAUGAUAUGUACGACGAUCAUCACCCGGUUCGUUUCAAAUCUGCGCUGAUUUCUUGCGAACAAUGCCCCCAAUAGAAGCCAACAGAAGCAGAGUAUUCCUCCCACCCGAUUCUUUCUAUUUACAUCGCGUCAUUCCUGGUUGCUUCUGCUUUUUCGUCAUUUCCCUCCUUUUUGCGUUCACCGCGCACUGAAACCAAAGAUCGGAGGGCACAAAUAUAAAUAAAGCCGUUUGGAGACGAAGUAUCGGUCGGAUAUAUCCCUCCAAUGGGUCAUGAGUACGAUAUUGACGAGGUUCUCUCACGUUAUCUCCCGUUUCGAAGCUCUUCAUUACCUCUGAAUUUUCAGCUGUUCACCUGGAAAUGGGAUGAUGUUCAUCAUGUCUACGUCAUCACCGUCUGGCUUCUCAUUGCCUCUUUAGCCAAAAUCAGUGAGCUCCUGUGAUUUCAAUUUCUACCGUAAUGCUCGUUCUUUUCAGUAUUCAACCUCAUGAAGCCACUCUCUCACUGGCUCCCGGACUCUUCUCUUCUCAUUAUCGUCGGUUUAGCGCUCGGAUACGUUCUUCAUCAGACCUCGUUGAGCGGAGCAACUCUCGAUUCUCACACUUUCUUCCUGUACCUUCUUCCUCCAAUCAUAUUCGAUGCGGGUAACUGACCCAUUGGCUCUACCGACUAUAAUCGUGCCUUUUCAGGUUAUUUCAUGCCAAACAGAGCUUUAUUCGAAAACUUUGACUCAGUGCUCGUCUUUUCUGUCGUGGGCACCAUCUGGAACACUUUCGCAAUCGGAGGAUCCCUUCUUGUUAUGGCCCAGUACGAUCUCUUCACAAUGCCUUUCACCACUUUCGAGAUUCUCGUCUUCUCCGCGCUCAUCUCUGCAGUAGAUCCAGUAGCUGUUAUUGCAGUUUUCGAAGAGAUUCAUGUCAAUGAGUUUUUGUUCAUCAACGUCUUCGGUGAAGCUCUUUUCAAUGACGGCGUGACUGUGGUAAUUGCUGCUUGGAAUCGGCUCUCAGAAACAUUAUAUUUCCAGGUUCUGUAUCAAAUGUUCAAGAGUUUUGCUCUGAUCGGCUCUGAAAACCUGUCCGUGCUCGACUAUGCGACGGGCGGCCUUUCGUUCUUCGUCGUGGCACUCGGCGGAGCUGCAAUCGGCAUCAUUUUCGCAAUUGCGGCAAGUUUGACGACCAAGUAGGUGUUCGAAAGGUUUUAAGCGACUACAGUAUCUCAUUGCAGGUACACUUAUGAUGUCCGUAUUCUGGCGCCAGUCUUCAUCUUUCUGCUCCCGUAUAUGGCAUACUUGACUGCUGAAAUGAUCUCGCUUUCCUCCAUCAUCGCGUUAGUUCGAUCCAAUUUUCUCCCAACUCCAAUCGUUCAGAAUCGCCGUCUGUGGCAUGCUCAUGAAGCAGUACAUAAAGGGAAAUAUCACUCAAGCGGCUGCCAACUCCGUCAAAUACUUCACCAAGAUGCUCGCCCAAUGCUCCGAGACGGUGAUCUUCAUGUUCCUCGGACUCUCCACAAUCUCCUCCCAACACCACUUCGACCUCCUUUUUAUCUGCGCGACUCUCUUCUUCUGCCUCAUCUAUCGUGCUAUCGGAAUCGUCAUUCAAUGCUACAUUUUGAAUCGGUUCCGUGCCAAAAAGUUCGAGAUGGUUGAUCAGUUCAUCAUGUCGUACGGGGGGCUUCGCGGGGCCAUCGCUUACGGUCUUGUCGUCUCGAUUCCCGCUUCCAUAACUGCUAAACCAAUGUUCAUAACCGCUACUAUCGCAGUCAUUUACUUUACCGUAUUUCUACAAGGAAUCACAAUUCGACCGCUGGUUCAUUUUCUGAAAAUCAAGAAGAAGGAAGCGAGAGAUCCGACAAUGGUGGAGAGCGUUUACAACAAAUACUUGGACUAUAUGAUGUCGGGAGUGGAGGACAUUGCGGGACAGAAGGGACAUUACACGUUUAUUGAGAAGUACGACAAAAACGGUCAUUAAAACCAUCUAUUUGAUUGUUUUAGUUUUGAACGAUUCAAUGCCAAAGUGAUCAAACCGGUGCUGAUGAGACACCAAAGAAGACAGAGUUUCGACGCCUCCUCGAUCGUCCGUGCUUACGAGAAGAUCACUUUGGAGGAUGCUAUCAAGUUGGCGAAGGUUAAGAGUACGAUUCAGAACAAAAGACUCGAGAGGAUCAAGAGUGAAGGGAGAGUGGCUCCGAUCAUUCCGGAUAAAAGCCAACAAACGGUCACUCCGAAGGAGAUGCAGUUGAAGAGGGUCAGUAAAACAGAGAAGGAACACGAAAACAUUCCGUGUUUCAGUUCAUGGAAUCUGGCGAGAACAUCGACUCGCUCUACAUGCUCUUCAGUGAUCUUUUGGAUAGAAAAUUGAGCGAGCUGAAUGCACCAAGUCAAAAGAAGGUUCAGUCGAGUAAGGACGACAUCCAGGACGACUAUAUGGCAGAAGUGGUUAGUCUUUUGUUCACCUUUGCUCUUCUGCUCUUUCCACGUCACACGUCCUUCCGAACCCCAUUAGUAUCAAACUGACAUGAUUCGUUCUGACAGUCAUUGCAGGGAUCCCGCUCGAACCUCUCGGCGAUGCAUCGGAGUGCCGAACAACUGUCAUCCGAGACGGCAUUCUACCGGGGAAGACGUCAGUCGACGGGCGAUCUCAACGCGAAAAGAGCCGACUUCAGUGUGUGA